AUGUCCCCUGGCCAGCUGCAGGGCCCAGAGAAGCUCAAAGAGGUCACACGCUUGGUGGACUCUUUAGACAAUGACCUCUCUGCAAAGAAGCUCUCACCUGCUGACAAGGUCCAAACACUGCUGGCCCUGCGACAACAUGGCACAAACCCUGCAAAUGCAGACCCCAUAUAUUCUGACAAAGGCAUCAAUCUUUUAGCAAGAUAUGGAUUCGAAGGGGAAACACUGGACAUCAGACGUGCGGCUUUACGCUGCAUUGCAAAUGCGCUCCUGUUGAAUAAGGACAUGCGCCAAGUCUUCGUUGAUACGGGGUAUGCCGGUCGCGUGGCCGAGAAGCUGAAGACUGAAAUCUCCGAUGAUGAAAUGAUCCUCUCGCGCAUUUUAUUUCUCACCACUUACGACACCAAUAUUGACUUUAGCGUUCUAAUUACGAAGCAUUCGAUGGCUGAUAACAUUCUCUCUCAAGUGAUACGGCACGCAAAGCAAAUACCCAAAAAUGGCCGAAAAUCCUAUUCGCAGAUCGACGAGCUGGCCUUGACGGACACGCUGAAACUGGUGUUCAACGUCGCAAAGCUAUAUCCUGAUCUCGCAGACUCGUUUACUCCUCUGAUUCCGCACCUGUUCAAGAUCAUUAAUCGCAUUGACAUCCCUGACCGACAACCCCUUGAUGGCCUGAUUGGCUAUAUCAUUAAUGCCCUUUCGACUCUCGACCUAGAAGAAAAGCCAGGCAGAUUCGAAAGCAACCCAUUAUUUCCAAAAUUCAACCAAAAUUGUAAUGUCGACAAGCUGAUAAACAUAUUAGACGCAGCUGUUGGAGUGUAUAACUCGGAGGAAUUAGAGCCUCGUGCUGUACCUUUACUUCACUUACUCAUCACCAUCUAUGAAUUUGCACCUGAGGGCCCAAGAAAAUACAUGCAAUGGCUCUUACUACCAGAAGACAACGAUCGGAGCGUUCCAAUCGGACGCAGCGAUACUCUAUCCUCCAAGCUGCUCAAUCUAUCUACAUCGCCAUCAGUCCAUCUGAAAACCGCCAUCUCUGAACUUAUGUUUGUACUUUCUGGUAAGGAUGCAGACAGCCUAACCAAAAAUAUCGGCUACGGCUUUGCUGCAGGGUUCUUAGCAUCUCGCGGCUUGCAGAUUCCGCAAGAUGCUCAGGAAGCGUUUGCGACAAAUUCAUCUAGAGUAAGCGACCAUGUGAAUCCAAUCACAGGUCAACGAUAUGAUGCCGAGCCUGUGGACACCGGUCCUCCAAUGACUCAAGAAGAGAAAGAGCGCGAAGCAGAGCGUCUAUUCGUGCUCUUUGAGAGACUUACAGCGAAUGGCUUAAUCAAAGCCGAGAAUCCGGUCGCCCAGGCUGUGCGAGAAGGUCGACUGGAAGAGCUUCCAGACGAUGCAGAUAGCGAUCUAGACUGA